AAUAGCCUACUAAAAUAAACAAUGGGUCCUUAAUCAUAAUUAAAAACAAAAUAUUAAAUCGUCGUUCAUUAGAAACAGCUGAAAACAUAGAAAUUUAAAAUAACAAAAGCGCAACAUCUUUAAAAAAAAAACAAAAGCGCAAAAUCUUUCCAAGCUCCGGCAAAAUUCAAACUCUCCUGAUCUCUCUGCGUUUCUCGAUUACAAACCUCUCACACAAAAACUAAUCUGAUCUGCUCUCAGCUUCUCUCAGAUCGUGAUUUUAAAAUCUAGAUCCAAAUCUCAGUUCGUGAUUUCAAGAUCUAAUUCCUAUUCUCAGUUCGUGAUUUCUAGAUCUAGAUUCAAAUCUCAGUUCGUGAUUUCAAGUUCUAAAUCCAAAUCUAAAUCUGAUUUCAGAUUAUCUCACUUCAUCUGGAGUAGAAGAUUUAGGGUUUUUGUGUUUAUAUAGUCUCUCUAAUAAGGUGAAAGAAGCUUGAAACUGAAGCUGCAAUUUUCUUAUCAAGUGGGGGUUCUAGAAAGAAAAUUGAGAAGAAUUCAUGGAUAGAUGAAGAGGAGUUUAUAAGGAUUGAUCUAUGUAAAAAUCUCACAUAAACUUCAGUGUUAUGAUGAGGUGCAGAAAUGUGCUAAUUAGCUGAUUGGCGUCUGUUUAAGAACAAAAGUAUUAUCAUCAUCAUUUCAAGAUCUGCUUUCACCAAUCCAUCAGCAAGAUUCUAUAUUCAGCAACAAAGGACGCGGUCCUACACGAGGCAAGGGGCUCGCUUCAUUGAACAAAACCAUUGGAAAGAAACUACCCAUAGAUAUCUCUCUUGAUCUAGGAAGGCCUGUGGAUAGGGUGCAAUCGGCAAAAUUAUCAAGCGAACUUGGAUUGAUUGCUAGAGAGUUUAUGCGAGUGCCUAUAUGCUGGAAAAAACUUGAUAAGUCAGAUAAACAAAAAGCUCAUGCUCGUCUUGAUAUGAGACUUUCUAUUUUGAAUCGACAAGAUGAAGAUGUAACAAGAAGAAUUGAUGAUAUUUUGAAGCGCCGGAGCAAGGAUUGUAGAUAUAAAUGGCACCAGCAUUUCUUGAAGUUUGAUAGUGUUGAUGAUGCUAUUAUUAACAAGCCAAGAAGUUGUAGAGAUGAUGAUGAUUGGAAAAAUCUUUGCAUAUAUUGGUCCAACCCUACUGUUCAGGAAAGGUGUGCGAAGAACUCAUAUAAUCGAUCAAUGCUAAAAAUCUUGCACAAUCAAGGUUCUAUGGCUUUUGUUGCUGUCCGACAUGAAAUUGAGCAAAAUGAACUUAAUGGCGAAGAAUGUGAUCGAAUUGAACUCUUUAAACGAACACAUUAUUCAACUGGAAAGGGGUGGACAACUAUAGAGGCUGAAAAGAAAUAUGAUGAGAUGCAGGCUUUGCUUGAUGAAUCAUCCACAUCUAUUGAUGCAAUGAUAACAACGGAUGAGAUUUGUGAUAAGGUUCUCGGCGUUCGAUCCGGCUAUAUAAAAGGAUUAGGAUAUGGUCCAAAGCCAAAAAGAACUUACACAUCUAAUUCAAGAAUUCAAGAGCUUGAGGAGUCGCUUAAAGCAUCUCAAACAGAAUGCAAUGAGUUAAAAAACUUUUAUAUUGAUUUGAAGGCCCAAGUCGAACAACAAGCUUCAUGGAUUGAAAGUCUUAUUGCAGCAGGAUUUCGUCCACCUCCUCCAAAGCAAUAGUUCAUUGUGCCAAAAUAUAUUGGUUUAAAAACAACACCUUAGGAGCACUCAGAAAAAUAAUCCGAGUUGUGUCCGAAAGGCUCUAGCAAUAAGACAACAUUGAAGCAUAGUGAGCUGCAUCAAUUCAUAUUUUGAGUUGGACAUUCCAAGAUGUUGCAUCAAUUCAUAUUUUCUUGUUAGAUUCAGUUUAAUUGCUAUUGUUAGAUUCAGUUCAAUUGCUAUUAUUGUUAUUGUUGAAUUGAAUUUAAUUUCUAUUGUUGUUAUUUUUGUAAAGCUGGUUAUCAGUAUUUUAAUGGUGGAAUAUUGUAAUUUUCCUUUUUCA